AGUCACCCGACAACGGACCACCGCUCGCCAUCGACCGUCGACAAUCGCAUCCCCUAGCUGCCAACCGCACAAUAUAUCCAUCGACGUUCUGCACCAUAAUAUAAUAUAAUUAUUUUAUAUUAUACGUUCACUGUCAACAAUCGUUUGGAAAAUUAUAUAUAAUAUACUUAUACAGACGCCGCGCCGGCCGAGUACCACAAUAUACAAAAUCUGGACCAAGGAAACCAAGACAGACAUACAAUCGCCACCAUGAUGGCCACAGGGGAAUCGAUGGAGUUUGCCGCCGCCCGAUUCGGCGGCGCGGGAGGUCUGCUCGACUGCAACUUCCCGUCGCUGUACGUGGACGCGGUCUGGGCGAGAUUUCGGCGACAUCCGGGAGCGUUCACCGGUGGCCAGAUAGAGGGCUACGCCCGGGCCAUGGCCCUGUCCAGGAACGUCCAGAAGCAGAUGGCCGCAGUGACGGCAACCACGCCGGGUGGCAAGCCCAAGAAACGGUACAUUUGCACGUACUGCGACCGGGAGUUUAGCAAGUCGUACAAUCUGCUCAUACACGUCAGGACCCACACGGACGAGCGUCCGUACCCCUGUGACGUGUGCGGCAAGGCGUUCCGCAGACAGGACCACCUCAGGGAUCACAAAUACGUUCACAUGAAGGACAAACCGUUCUCUUGCGAAUCCUGCGGAAAAGGCUUCUGUCAAAUGCGCACGUUAGUCAGCCACCGGAAGAACGCGCAAUGUCAAUGGUACCAAUACCAACGGCACCAGGCGAUAGCCACGCAGAUCUCCUCCGCCGGGACCGCCGCAACUGCUGCUACCGCCGCAGUGGCCGCAGUGGCGUCUCCCGACACAGUCCGAAACGGAAGUCUGACCGAUUUCAGUAUCAAAACUCUGCUGGGAAUCGGCGACGACCACUAACAUAGUAGGUACCUGAACGCAUAAUUUCCGGCUAAACUACAUAGUUGGUUUACCAUAAAAUUUAUCGCAGUUUUUCAUACGGUGAAUUAAUGUACAAAAAUAACGUAAAUACAAGACAUUAUAGAAUAUUGUAUUAUUACUACUAGCUAUUAAUUAUUAUUGUAUUGUUAUUAUUAUUAUUAUUAUUAUUAUGUUAUUAUUAUGUAUAUUGUAUAUAAAGUAUAAUUAAUGCAUUAUAUUUUUUAGUUUUUUACGAAUAAAUCGUUCAAUAUUAUUA